AUGGGUCUCGCAGACUUUUUCUCUGACGUCGUCUCCACCCUGGGCUUCGCCGAGGCCCAGGCUGAGGCACCCGCCCAGGACGUCGAAUCCAGCUCCGAGGCUGCCGCGCCCGCCGACAAGAGCGACGACACUGAUGCUGCUGACGACAGCUCCGAGCAGGCGGAGGAUACCCCCGAGGAGUCCACUGAGGAGUCUGAGGAGGGUGAUGGUGAGGCUGAGGAGGAAGAGGAAGAGGAGGAAGAAGAGGAGGAGGAGGAGGAGCCGGAAGAUAUUAAGCCUAAGCUUGAGGAGGAAUGCGCUCACUCCGCUCAGUGCGCCCCGUACAAGCACCACUUCGACGAGUGCGUCGAGCGCGUCACCCGCCGGGAGGAGGACGAGGACUACAAGGGUCCCAAGGAGGACUGUGUUGAGGAGUUCUUCCACCUCACCCACUGCGCGACCGCCUGCGCCGCCCCCAAGCUCUGGCGCGAGCUCAAGUAA